AUGACAGGCCACGUUUCUAUAAAGUUGGCUUCGGAACGAGUUAAUCAUUGUGUAGCCGCCAGUAAUGAAUUGCCACGUUUUUAUACGCCGGGGGAGGUUAUUUCUGGUAUGAAGGAUUAUAUGCGUGGUCAUGGAACUUACACUGAAGAUGAUUGUCUUAAGUCAUCAGUUGCGGGUGUUAUGCAAAAAGUAAAUAAGUUGAUUUGUAUUAGACCCUUAAAGAGCCGUUAUGUAGGUGAAAUCGGGGAUGUUGUUGUCGGACGGGUUCUGGAGGUGCAACAACGCCGCUGGAAAAUAGAGACUAAUUCACGCUUAGAUUCAAUUCUUCAAUUGUCAUCCGUCAAUCUUCCUGGAGGUGAAUUGCGUCGCAGAUCUGCUGAAGAUGAACAGAUGAUGAGAAAGCAUUUGCAAGAAGGUGAUCUUAUCAGUGCAGAAGUACAAAGUAUAUUUUCAGAUGGUUCUCUAUCACUGCAUACCAGAAGUUUAAAGUAUGGCAAGUUACUACAAGGAACCCUUGUCAAAGUGUUUCCAUCUUUAAUAAAACGGAGAAAAAAUCAUUUUCAUAAUUUGCCUUGUGGGAUAUCAGUUAUCAUUGGGAAUAAUGGUUACAUAUGGAUUAGUCCCCAGGAGCGAGAAGUUUUAGAUGUAGAAGUGGAAGACGAAAAAGAUGAAAUUCAAAAUUAUGAAAUGCAGCCUGUAAACAAAUCUGACCGGGAUACUAUUGCUAGAGUAAAAAAUUGUAUUGCUGCUUUAGUUGCCUCUAAGAUGAUGCUGGAUGAUACUAGCAUUAUGUUUGCAUAUGAAGAAAGCUUAAAAUAUGAAGAUGUGAAAGAACUUUUGGAUCCUGAAGCAAUGUUGGAUGUUGCAUUUUUAACUCAACAUAGAAUAAAUACUGUGAUGGAAGAA